AUGGACCUUCCCUCCCCUCCUCAAGGCGCGAACCCGUACGAGUUCUACCGCGACAUCCUCCACCGCCUCACCGUCCUCACACCUUCCGACGCCGCCGGCUUUCGAGCCCGCCUCGUCGUCCUGUACGCGCUGUGCGCCUUCCUCCUGGUCGCCUGCAUCGCCAACUUUGUCGUACAUGCGCUCGGGUACCACGUCAAGCGCCGUCGAGUGUGGCUCUUCAAGCUCGUCAAGCGCGACAGCGGCUCUACGCUCGGCGGCCUGUCCCUCUUCGUCGUCCUCUUUGGCGCCGUGCACACGCUCUAUCGCUCGACCGUCUCGCCGGGCGACGGCGCCGGCGAGGAGCAUCUCGCCAAGUGGUCGUUCGCCCUGUGGCCCGUCGCGUACGCCGUCGCGUGGCUCCUGAGCUUUGCGACGUUCCAGUCGUACCUGCAGGUCGAGGGAGGCGCGACUCGAGUGUUUGGGCGCAGCUGGAUGGCGAUGCCGGCGUGGCUCGAGAACCUGCUCUUCAUCGGCGGCGGGCUUGCGACCGUCGCGACCCACACUACACUCGCCAUCAUCGGCUCCAAGGCGUCGGCCGAGCAGUGGCGGCAGUACCGCGAGCUCAACACGGUGCUCGACCGCGAGGCGGCAGCUUGGGAAGGCGGACCGAUGCCUGCCCAGACGGCGGUCAUGCUCCUCGCGCUCAUGCGCAAGUACUCUCGAGCAGCAUCUGACUUCUAUCGCACCUCGGCCAACCUGUCGAUCGGCGCCGCCGUCCUGCCUGUACUGCUCGUCGCCGUCAACCUCACCAUGGUCGCCUUCGUGUGGAGGAUCCGGCGCCACAUCAAGUUCCAGAUCAGCCAGCUCCCGUCGCUGCAAGGACUUUCGCGCGGCGCGAGGUCGUCGGUCGCCGGCCAGGCGCCGCAGGCGCGCGUCAUGUCGGUCGUGCCGGCACCUACGGGCGUCGACGAGAUGGUCCCGGUCGACGACGUCAAGGAGGAGCUCGACCUCGACUUCUCGGUUCGACGAGCCUCGCAGUCGCCGCAGGGUUCCCCGUCCCCGACGACGCGCUUCAUCGCCCUCCCUUCCCUCACGCCCCCGACGACACGCGCCUUCUCGAUCUGCUCGCGGCCCGUCCUCACGCACGACCCGCUCACGGGCGCCAAGUUCCCGGUUCCUCGCGUUCUCCCGACUCGGGCGCAGGUCCUCGAGCUCGCCGACGACGUCGAGGCGGCCAAGCUCGGCGUGCCCGAGCAGCAGGUGGCGAGCCGAGUGGCUGCGCUCAUCAAAGCCGAGCGCGAGCUCCUCAUCAUCGGUCUCGCCGUCACCACCAUCGCCAUCGCGCUCGGCGUCACGAGCGCCUGGUCCGUGUUCGUCCUGCGCCGGUUCGCGAGGUCGUCGUGGACCGAACGCGAGCUCGUCCUCACGCUCCCCCUGUGGAUCUGCCUCGUCGGCAUCAGCAUCGGCGAGGCCCUGCACGCCUACGUCGAGUGCCGGCACGUCGUCGUACCCUGGUGGCGAGGGCAGCUGUACGACGCACGCGAGCGGCGCCUGAGCGCGGCGACGACGAGCGGCGACGGGCACGCCGCCGACGGCGCGCCGUACCGCGAGCGCACGCUCUCGCAGGACGUCGGCGGCAUGCGGCAUGCGUCGCUCUCGCAGCUGCAGACCCAGUCGCAGUCGCGGGCGCUCGAGGACGGCAAGGCGAGAGCGCGCGCGAGGACGCUCCACCUCGGGCUCGGACCCCUCGCUCGGUUCUCGCCAUCGUCGAGCGCGCUCAGUGGCGGCGGCAGUGGGUCAUCUACGCCUCGACGAGCGUCGCACGUCGAGUUUGACGGCGCUAUCGCCGUCGCGGUCGAGGUCACCGAGACGGAGGAGGUCGGCGACGAGCUUGUCGAUCCGCUCGAGCGGGACCAGGCCGCCUCGCACGCUCCGCCGGUCUCCCGGACGGGCGCAUCUCUCUUUCCGGGCGGCACUGUAUCGUGGAGCGAGCCGAGUGGGUCCUUAGCGGCAGGAGAGGCGAGGCGGAAAGAGAUCUGGGAGCUGUAGAUCUCUCGUUCUCGCAGUUUUGCAGGCACCGUUCAGUUUU